GCCUUCGUCAACAUGACGCUGCCGUCGCCAGCCACGGUUAAGCUGAGCAGAUCCUUCACAAUAAGUCCCUUGAUCGAGUGCAAUCUGGUCCAGAAUGCGGCCACCAAUGGCGAUGCCAUCGAUGCCAGCGUCGACGGGAUUGCAGUCGACUGAAGUGCAUCCGGUGCAACAGGUGCACGCGCAUGCCACGCCCUCCAAUCCGCAGGAUAUUCACCAGGAUCGGAGUCCCCACAACCAUCACGCCAAACUGCCACCACUGGAACUGCUGGUGGAGAACAAGAUCAGCUACAGCAGCUACCAGCAGCACGCGAAGGAUCUCAAGAACCAUAACCAGAGCCACAAUCAAAGCCGAUCCAAGAGGAGCUCCCUGAGCAGUCCCUCGUCCAGUGAGGAUUGCGUGAGUGCUGCCAGGGCAAGUAUUUUCGAUGACGCCGCCGAGAACUUUGUGAUCAAUUUCCCCUCGGAAUCCUCGGCCGCCUCGCAGCCUUUGCUGCCGUUGUCCGAAACGGUUCCGCUGCUCACCCACAUCGAGGCCACGGUGGUGGACAAACAGCGCUCCAUAAGGCUGAACAAGAAUAGUGCCUCGCUGAUAUUUACCAAGAAGGAACUGACCCAGGGAAACCACCAUCACCAUCAUCAGCACAAUCACCAGCAGCAGCAGCAUCAGCAAAGGCGCCAGCACCACAGCAGUUUAUACGGAGCGGGCAGGAAGCCCACCAAGCACCUGCCACCCACCAGAGGUCAGCACCAGAGGCGCAGUCUGCCACUCAGCUAUAACAACAACCUGGUGACCACCGCUCCGGCAGGAGGCGGAGUAGCCGCUGGAGCAGCCAAGCUUGUACCGCUCAAGCAGCAGCAUCAGCACCACGGAGCGGGCCACACGGCAACACCCACGGCGAACGUCGUUGCUGCCGGUGGAGCGGGAGCUGCGGCUCCGUCCGCCCGCAAACAGCUCUCCUACUCCUGGUACGCGCCCGUCUACAGUGCACUCGAGGAGGAGCUGGAGCAGGACUCGCGGGACUCCUCGCCAAUCCACAAUCUGGCCAACACAAAGCAGCACCAGCGCUCCGCCAGCCAAAAGGCCUCCACCGCCCUGCAUGCCUCGCCCCGCCACGAUCACGCCCACGACUCCGCCGACGCCGAGACGGUUGCGCUCCUGGACACGCAGGCGCGCGGCAAGAUCAUCAUAUCCUCGGCGAAUGGCGACGCUGGCGGAGCAGGGGCAGGAGGCGGAUUUGGGGGCGGCGGCGGCGGAGGAUCUGGAAACAUCGGAGCACUGGCUGCGAAUGGAGGAGGAGGAGGAGGAGAUCUGGAGAGCUCACUGGGACUGUCCGGCGGAGGGCAGUUGCCUCGACGACGUCGCUUCGAGAACUUUCUCAAAUCGCUGGUGGGUCUCAAGGCGAGCAGCAGCAGUCGCGGAGGAGGAGGUGUCGGUGGAGGAGGCGGAGGCGGAGGAAUUCCCGAACGGGAACGCCCUGCCUCGCCGGAAAUCCGAAUCACCCGCACUCCCUCCGAGCAGGAUGUGGUGCUCCGAAAUCCUUCUGGCCGCCAGCUAGCCAACGGCCAGGGGCGUGGCAGCCUGAGCAUCAGCGGUUCGAGCAGCUCCUUGAAUGUGGUCCAGCAGAAGAUAUGGCACAUCAUGCGACGCGAGGGCAGCGCCAGCAGCUUGCACCACGAGAAGUCCCAGUCGAUUGUCCAGUACACGGGAUUGCGCAAGUGCGAAACGGUCCUGGCCCUCACCCGUCAAUCGCAGUCGCAUGGCCACGUUCACGGCUUGAGCCAGAGUCGCAGUCAGGGACACUCGUUGGCCGUCCAUGGCGGCAGUGGGAUCUUCAGCUCCGGCGGAGUGGAGCAAAUUCGACCGCUCAAUCGACUGCGCAACAGUGUGAGCAGCAUGAAUGGCGUGGGUACUUGUUCACGCUGCUCCAGCCUGUUAUCCCUGGCUGCCUCCGGAUCGCGUUACUCCCUGGCCAAUGGCUUUGUGCCCCGGCCGGACUCGGCCUUCAAUCAUCGGGAAGCUGGAGGCGAGGAGGAGCAGCAGCGACGAACGCAGGAGCCGCACAUCAAUGUAAACGCCCAGAUCAGACUAAGCGGUGGAGCAACUGCCCACUCGACCAGUCCCAGUCCGCCGUCCAAUGUCACUACGGCCACUCUGCACUCCAGCUCCGGCAAUGAUCUGAAUCUGAACCAGGAGGAGCAACAGCAGGCCACGUCGACGCCUGCGACAACGCCUGCCGAUGGAGCUGGGACCAGCGAACUGGGACCAUUUGGCACCAAUCACGCUUAUCCGCUGACCGUGAGCUCCCUGCUCUGCAUGGCCAGUGCGAAUCAAGCGGCACAGGCCUGCUGCGUUCGGGAUGGCAUUGCACUGAAGCGGCGUGAGAUGCUCGCAUCCGCCGACGUCACGCCCUCGGUGGGCACUCCGGCCACGCCCACCACCGCCACUUUCCAGCCCUUCACCUGCAAGCUGUGCCUCAUCGAUGUGGAGGACGUGGCCGAGGCCAUGGCGCUUCAGCAGUGCGGCUGCCAGUUCUGCAUUGAGUGCAUGCGAGCCUACGUGGAGUUCGAGAUUUCCGAGGGCGCCUACGAGAUCUCCUGUCCGGACGCCAAGUGUCCGGCCCAGGGCGCCAUUUCGCUGCCCGAGAUUGCGAACCUGACCACAACGAAUCUGCUGAAGAAGCACCAUCGGUAUCGCCUGAAUCGAGAAAUCGAAUUGGACAAGACGCGCACCUGGUGUCCACGGGCUGGCUGCGAGACCAUCUGCACGGUGGGCGGAUCAGCGCAGCCUGGACAGUCCAGUGCCAUUUGCCAAAUGGACGAGUCGCCGUCGACAUCGCAGAGCUACAGUCCGCAACAGGAGGCAGCCGGAAGCGGAAACGCAGGUGGCGCCACCGGAAUCAGAAUCGGAGCAGCCGUGCUCUCGGUGUCCGUGCACUGUCCCUCCUGCAAGGACGAGUUCUGCGGCCUCUGCAAAAAAGCGUACCAUCCGAACAUAAGCUGCGAGGAGUUCGGACGCCGUCUGAUUGCCGAUGGCCAGGACGACAUUGGAAUACCGUUCGACAACGAGCUGAUCAAAUGCUGCCCCAUGUGCGCGGUGCCCAUCGAGAAGGACGAGGGCUGCGCCCAGAUGAUGUGCAAGCGCUGCAAACACGUCUUCUGCUGGUACUGCCUGGCCAGUUUGGAUGACGACUUCCUGCUGCGCCACUACGACAAGGGACCGUGCAAGAACAAGCUGGGCCACUCCAGGGCCUCGGUGGUCUGGCAUCGCGCCCAGGUGAUCGGGAUCUUCGCCGGCUUUGGGAUCCUUCUGUUGGUGGCCUCGCCGCUGCUGCUCCUGGCCGCUCCCUGCAUCAUCUGCUGCAAGUGCCGAGGCUGCAGCGGCUCCAAAAUCGACGAGGUGGACGCCGAACUGGAGGAGGAGGUCACCGCCUUGCAGGGCUAGAUGGUCAGGAUCUCCUCCCUCCUAUACCCAUCCAUACGCGACAUUAGGCUGCAGCCUGUAAAUCCAGCUGCUGCAAUUACUGGUAGAUUCUAUUGUUAAUGACGACAAGCUUACGUACAUUUAUUUUAGUUAUUACAAUUAAAUUUGUAUAUGUGUUAACUAAAUUGUGAUAUUUACAGUGAUUCGAUUUCUAAUUGAAUCGACAAAUUUGUUGAGAACCUAUACAAAGACAAGAAGCCUUCGAUUCUUUUUAGGUUCUGUCUCUACAUACAUAUAUUCUUUCCGCCCCCUAACUGCACUCAUGAAUAUAUACCUAUAUUCGCCUAAAUCAAUCUGUAUAAAUCGAGUAGGUCCUCUUCUUAUCGCAUAAGUUAGUCUAAAUAUAUUAGGAGUACGCUUCGUAUUUCGACAGUGCUUUUAUAUCGCACCCACCCAAACAAAAACCCCCACACCCCACUCACCCACUCAAUCCUUCUCUCAAGUAUUACGCAUGCAACUAACAGACCCAAGAUCCUUUGGGCAUUUUGAUCAACUGCUUGGCAAUGCUUUUAUCUUCGCAUACGCAUCUAUGUAUACUUCAUAUAUAGGAGGUGUACGUAUAUGAUGUCACUACUACUGUUUAUUGAAUGUAUUUAAAUGUAAAUGUUAAUAUGCAGCUAAAACAAAUGUAAAACAGAUCGCUGCCCACGGCCACUCGACCAAGAAAUGGCGGUGCGCCGGAUGGGCGGGGUUUGGUUAAUGUAAAUUAUUGAAUUAUUUAAUGCAUAUACACUCAGAACACAUAUAUCAAAAUACGUAUGACAUAACAAUGCGUGUAUAUUUAAAGAAAACAUAUUUAAACUCUACUCUUAAUGUGAACAACUACCGCGUAUGCUGUUUGAAAUAAAAAUGUUAAAAGAA